GUUCACUUAAUUAGGACACGUGUGUUGCAUGUUGGGAAACAAAGUUUGGAUGAAAAACUUGGACCUGCCAAUCGUGCCCCGUGGGCUAGUUUCUUUGAUAAAUGGAUUAUAUGUGCUGUUUGGACUUUUGAUGACCAUGCGUGCACCCACACCUAAAUACAGCAGAAUGGGCCCAUGGUAAGAAAAACGGAAGACAUUUAAAAGCGACAUCGUUUCCACGGCAAACCAACCCGAGCGACGCCGAAGUAGUGAUACGUCAUCAGAAACGACCACAAGCAGAUAAUUUACGUUGUGGGAGUGUUUCUCCGAAAACACGAGGGACGACGCGGACGAAGUAGCAGUGUUCUUCGGAUGGAUGUUACCUUUCCAUACGCUGGCUUUUCAUGGGGAGAAAGUAAGAAUGACGACUCGGUUAGCAAGAUGGCUAGCCGAAUAAUGCUAACGAGAUCCGGAAAAGAGCACCGAUGAACACUUCUAUGGAUGAACGUCCACUCGCGUGGAAUUUGAAUGAUCUGAAGAGCAACAACACGAAGAAGAGGUCCACGCAACCCCGCGGCUGUCAUGGACACCGUGAGGUCGCCUCGCUGCCACGACGAGGACGAAGAGCUGCACUCCACAGAUCCCGACACUAAAGAGAGAAGCAAAGACAAGAAGGUUUUGUGCAAAGUCAAGUGGUCCCGCGACGAGGACGAAAAGCUGAAAAAGUUGGUGGAGCAACAUGGCACAGACUCUUGGAAAUUAUUAUCCAACUAUUUUCCCGGUAGGACAGAUGGCCAGUGUCAGCACCGCUGGCAGAAGGUGCUCAACCCCAAGCUGGUGAAAGGCCCAUGGACAAAGGAGGAGGAUCAGAAGGUGAUCGACUUGGUGCACAAGUACGGCCCCAAGCGCUGGUCGGUGAUCGCCAAGCACCUCCAGGGCCGCAUCGGCAAGCAGUGCCGCGAACGCUGGCACAACCACCUCAACCCCGAGGUGAAGAAGUCGUCGUGGACGCAGGAGGAAGAUCGCAUCAUCUACGAGGCCCACAAGCGACUGGGCAACCGUUGGGCCGAGAUCUCCAAACUCCUUCCCGGACGGACGGACAACUCCAUCAAGAACCACUGGAAUUCCACCAUGAGGCGCAAAGUGGAGCACGAGGGCUACCUGCAGGAUGCCGGCGCCAAGACGGCCACGUCCUCCCACGGCAGCGGUGUCAAGAGGCGCCAUCACUCGCCGUGUCCUCCUCCGAGGCAGGGCGAGCCGCGGCGCUGCGAUCGCAGCCCCCUGCGCCCCGUGACGGCACCCAACCAGAUGCCAGGCUAUCAGUUUGAUCCUCAACGGCGCCACCUGAUGGACACUUCGGGUUUCAUUCAGCCAUCCUUCCCGGAUGAUCCCGACAGAGAGCAAAGAAUUAAGGAACUCGAGCUGCUGCUUAUGUCAGCCGAGAGCGAAGUACAUCGCAGAGGUCCAUGUAGCUUGGAGCAGUAUUCGGCCUGGUCAGACGGCAUGCCUGAUACGGCGAGCAGCGACCUGGAGGUGCGGGCCGACGGGCGGUCCUGGUCAGAGCCAGAGAACUCGCGAGGAACCCCCGGCCAGCUUCCCGUGUCGCCCACCAAGUUGUUGGCUGUGGAGGCCAGCACGGUGCUGUCCACCCUGCAGACCAUACGCGACUUUGCGGAGACCAUGGAGCUCAUUGAUUCGGACCCGGCGGCGUGGAGCGACGUGGCCACUUUCGACCUCUCCGAGACGGCAGCGGCGCCCCAGCACGAACAGGGCCCCUUCGCCCCGCUCCUUCAGGAGCGGAAGAAGGAGAACGACGGUUCUAGGACACCCAAGUUUCGUAAAACGGUGAUGAUUCCAACACCGAGGACGCCGACGCCCUUCAAGAAAGCUUUGGCGGCGCAGGAGAAAAUGCACGGCCCGCUAAAGAUGGAACCGCAGCCAUUAGCUUUUCUGGAAGAAGACAUUCGCGAGGUUCUGAAGCAGGAAACCGGGGCCGACAUCUUUAAUAGGGUGGCCAUCUUGCAGCCCGACUACAGAGCGUGGAAACAAAAUAUGGACGCCCCGGCUCGAAAAGUGCGCAAAUCUCUGGUACUGGACCCCUGGGGGAAAGACUCUCUCAGUGUGCAGCUGUUCCAAGAUCAACACAAUGACGCACAAGUUCCCGAUGAGAGUCUCCUGUCCAGCUCCUCCCUGAGCUCCCCGAUCUCCGAGGUGGAGCAGCAGCAUGAGGAGGAGGUGGCGGCGGCAGAGAAGGAGGAAGGCGGACACCCUUUGACGGAGCACAAGGAGACGCCUUCAGUGGCGCUGCAACACCCUCACCGCCUCAUCGAGAAGAAAACUCACAGGGUGGCUAAACAGGUGAGCGAGUGGGAAACGGUGGUCUACGGAAAAACGGAGGACCAGCUGACCAUGACGGAGCAGGCCCGCCAGUACCUGAACCAGUACCCGUUGGCUGGUGGCUCCACCCCCAGGGCCCUUGUCCUUUAAGAAGACCUUCAAGAACCCGUCCCAAUCCCCUUUGCAGGUCCUCUUUUCCAAAUCCUGUAAGAGUCAAUCCAACGUCUUUUCUAUUGGGGUUUCUGGGUUUUUUUGUGUAGUUUUUUAUCAGACCCGAGUACUUGACUUUUGAGCUUCACUCCUCUCUAGGGCCCGAUCGAUUAUUGUAAAAUCGUGGUUUGGGAGGAAGACAAAGCAUCUCAAAUUGAGCGGGGGUGGUAUUUUAGAGGGGGCUGGGUAAGAAAUGAACAUUUUUUUAUGUGUAUUUUACAUGGAUUUUUUAUGAGAAGUGGACAGCAUUCGAAUGUCCUCCCCACACCCCCCGCCCAA